AUGUCUGAAAGUACAGUCGAAACUAUAAAUUAUUCUACAGAAAAUUUUCAAACCGAACCUAGCAUAGAACAUUUAAACAGCGAACAUGAUAAUUAUGUUCUAAAUAAUCCCUCGAUGGAUUUGAAAGAACCUUACCAACAGUCACCAUCAAACAAUAUGACUGAUCAAUUAGCCGAUCAAACAAUAACAACAAGUUUAAAUCAAGAUCCCGAUGUGGAAUAUAUUCAACGUCCCAAUAGCAAUCGAAUCACUUAUCGACAAGAUAUAGCUAUCCGUUAUUUACAACCACCAACUCCACCACCAUCUGGUCCUUUGAUUAUUCGUGAGAUUCGCGCUUCUCCUCCUCCCGAACGUCAUCCGUUGACCAUUUACCAACGUUCUAAUAUCCCUAGAACUCCACCACCAAUUAUAAUUCGUGAGCGUCCACCGGUUCCACCUCCGAUAGUGCCAUCUCAUACUAUUCAUAAAUAUAUACCUGCACCUCCACCGCCUCCACAAAGAGUAAUCAUCGAACGACAAGCCCCGUUACCACAAAAGCCUCCACCUAUAAUUAUUGAAAAAUGGCUUCCCUAUAAAACACCACCGCAACGGGAAGUAAUUGUCGAACGAGCUGAACCGCUACCACAAAGAUCGGUACAAAAAAAUACAAUUAUUACACAUGAAGCUCCUGAUAUUGAGCUUGUAAGAAAUAUUCGACAUCUUGAUACUGUUCGAGUAGAUCCACGUGCGUAUACUGUUCAGUAUGGACCCAAUUUAGUAUCAAAUGAAUAUGUUCUAAAUAUAAUGGAACAAUUAAGCCUUAAAAAUAAUUAUGCGCAAUCAUUAAUGACGAAUAAUAAUCAAUUUCAAACAAUCAAUUCCUAUGUGCGUAGUCAAGCAUCAAUGGCUGAUCAAGAACAUGAAGAAUCAAAUUUGUGUCAAAUACAAGAUCGCGAUAUAGAAGAAAUCCAGCGUACGAAUGCGGAUGAAUUUAAUGCAAAAUAA